AAUUGAGCUGACAGAUUCAUGUUUUAUAAAAAUUAAAUUUUAGGUGCUCUUCAUUUCUGUCUUCAAAAGGUUAUUUUUUUUUAAAAAAAUGUCCAUAAUAUCAAGAAAUGCAGGUUUAUUAAGAAAUCUAAUGAUUGACUUCUCUCGAUUAAGAGUAUCUCCAGCUCUUACACAAGUCCGUGAAAAAGGUCACUUAAACAGACCGCGACUCCGUAAUCCCUAUUGGUUUGUUCGUAAAAAUCGUGUAAUCCAUGAUGAUAACAUAACCCCAGAAAACAAAGUUUUCGUCAAAGAAAUUAUUCACGAUACUUUCGGACCUCCUGCAAUAAUAAAAGGAGUCCAGACUUAUGAUCAAACCAAUAAGUUGAGUCUGCUGAAAGCCGAAGAACAGGUAAAUGUCGAAUGGACACCUCAAGUUCGACGAACUGGAUUGCUUGCCCGCAAAAUUGGACAAUAUCCACUUUGGUUGAAGAACGGCCGACGGAUAAGAACAACUUUGCUCCAGGUAGUCGAUAAUCAUGUCAUCAAAUACGUACCACCAGAGGAAUACCAACCAACACGAGUACCCAAAGUUACAAAUAUCAAGAAAUUCGGUUGCUUAUUGGUGGGUGCUGAGAGUGCAGAUCCAUCAUUGCUUACCAAAGAAUACUGCGGGCUGUUUAAAGAUUCUGGAGUUAUGCCGAAGAAGAAUAUCGCCAGAUUCUUAGUUACACCAAGUGCGGCUAUCAAUCCUGGAACCCGGCUAGAUGUGACUCAUUUUCGCGUUGGUGACUUUGUCGAUGUGAGGGGAAAGACCGUAGAUCAUGGUUUCCAAGGUGUAGUCAAACGUCACGGUUUCAAGGGUAUGCCAGCAUCUCACGGUGUGACAAAGACACAUCGUCGCCCCGGUAACAUUGGUGGUGGCGGUGAAAAGGGUCGAGUUUGGCCAGGAACAAAAUUACCCGGUCACAUGGGUAACCGAUUCAGAAAAAUCAAAGGUCUGAGAAUAUGGCGCAUUAAUACCAAAUACAAUGUCAUGUGGGUCUCAGGAAGUUCUGUCCCUGGAGUAACCAAUGGUCUUGUCUAUAUUUACGAUACUAUUUUACCACGAAGAAAACCACAAGGCAACGGACCACCCGUGCCAACAAAUCUAAACUUCGAAAACGAAGGAUUACCAGAAGACAUUUGGUUUGAAGAUGUGCAUUGCUUCAAAGAACCUACCAUAACAUACGAAGUUGAUGAGAAGUAAUCCCAAAAAUUAAAACACAACUAAUUGUUAAGAAAUAAAAAAAAAAACAUGUUAAACUUUA